AUGACAAUGUUGCCAAUUCUGCACCUAAUCCUUUUGUCAUUAAUCAUCCAUCAAACAACCUCAUUUUCCUCAGCUGCUAUUGAUCCCACACAAGGGUUCACUCAUGUUUCAUUAGAUAACUCAAACUUUGUUAUUCAAAAGCCUUACAAUGUUCCGGUAAACCAGCGUUACAACUUCACAAAUGGUGUGCAUCAAUUUUGGAUAUACCCCACAGACAAGCCUUUCUUGAGUGGCAGCAAUACAAAGCCACGAACCGAGAUUCGUAUCAGUAAACAUGAGUAUACAUCUGGUAUAUGGCAAUUUGAAGGGUAUGGUUAUGUUCCAAGUGGCACAAGUGGCGUGUGCAUUAUGCAAGUAUUUGGCGGAAGAUCUACUGCUACAACGACACAGCUUAGGAUCUACGACGGUUCGCUAACUUACUAUAAUUCUCCUCAUGUUCUGUCUCAGAAUAUCUAUAACAGGUGGUUCAAGGUGAACGCGAUUCAUGACGUGGACGCCAAUAAUGUUAAGAUUUAUAUCGAUGGAGUUCUCAAGCGCGAUGGAGCUGGUCUCGGAGCUGGUACUCACUACUUCAAGUUCGGGGUUUAUGUACAAAAUGAUCAUUCCAACCGCAUGGAAUCUCUUUGGAAGGAUAUCAAAGUUUUUAAAAAAUAG